AUGGGAUCCAAAUUGGAGAUAAAUAUCCGCAGCUUGAUAGCGCAGUGCGAAGAAAUAGUUACCGAGAACAAGAACGAUUGGCGCCUGAAGAAGUACAUUCGCUCGUUAGACGUUAUGGUACAGGAGCUGGAAGAACAGUAUGAUGGCACAGAGAAUAGUCUUGUCCAAGAGUACCAAAGUCGAUGUGCUGAACUAAAACAGAGCGCGAACUACAUUGAGCCUGCGUUGGAUGAGAAGCUGCGGCUUCGAAUGAAACCGAAGGCGACCGAUGUGGCCGGAGACGACGUGGUGCGUGAGGUGCGGCAGCUCCAUGAUCAAAAAUUUGAAAAGGAACUCCGCAGUGAACUGUUCAAUGGCAAUUUCUCGACCAUUCGGCGGAGAGCCGGCCAGAAGGUUGCAGAGAACCUAGAGCAGACGGUUAAGCAAUAUUCGGAUGAACAAGAAAAGUUGGCGGAAGAUAUGCUUAGGUUAACGAGAAACCUGAAGGAGCAGACUGAAACAGCUAACAAAAUUCUUAAGAAAGACACUGAGGUUGUAUCCAAAUCCGCCAAGUUGACUGACCAAAACACUUCCUCUCUCAUGACGGAAUCGACCAAACUACAGGAGAACUCCAAAAAAGCAUGCAAAUGUUGGAUGUGGUUAAUGAUCGUUCUAGUUAUGGUCACGUUUAUAUUUAUGGUGAUGUUUAUGAAAAUAAUGAAAAAGAAAGUGUAUUGAAGCGUCACCAUCCAUCGGUUAUUACGGGAUCCUACAUUAAUCACUAAAGUAGGCAAGGUGCACGGUUUGUAUCCGAC